AAGCAAGAUGAAGCACAUUUCCACACAGGGUCCACGUGAGAGCAGUGCACGCGGUCGCGCGCAAUUAUUAUACGAAGGUUGAUUCACGAUGACUCAGUGUCGGAAGUGGUACCCCAACCUGUCUGUCAUGGUAACACGGGUUUGCUCCACUUCCUCAGACUCGAGUGGCUCUGCUGUGAUGAGAGAGGUGUGGAGCACUGACAGCUCAUUUACAGAUCCUGACGGCCGCUGGCUGGGGGUCCAUCAAAGUUGGGGGUCCGUCAAGGCUAGACUACACAAUGAUCCAGUUCACUUGCAGCAUCGUGGUGGAGCCCCAGGGCCGUCUUGUCCGGUACCCCGCAGCAGGUUUCAGGACAACAGUGUUGACGUGUCUGUGAUGGGUAGUCAGUAUGGGCUGUCCAAACAGAGAUUUAUUCCAUAUGGACGUCCCAGUUGGAGAGGAGAGAAGCGGACAGAAAGGAUCGGAAAUGCACACAAAUUUGGAGCAGAAGAUAAAGGGGGAGGAGAAAAAAAAUGGUUCAAAAUGACAAUCCCAAAUGGAAAUAAGUACGAUAAGAGAUGGCUGCUAACGUCUCUACAGAAUCUCUGUCCCAUUGCAUUUACUCCACUACACUACUCCACAGAGGGACAUAAAGUUAAUUUCUAUCUGGAGGAUGCUGCCACUGCCAGCGCCCUGUGCAAACUCACACGCAGAGUCACAGACAGUGAAGGGCACAGGGUGGUUGUGCUUAUGAGCCAUUGUUCCAGCCCACCUUUCCUCCAAAGUGAGCUGAAACCACAAGAUCUGGAGCAUUUAAAGCAUUGCAUGUCCAAACGCUUCAAUAGUUCCCAGAAAUCUCUCAACCUGAGCAGCAUCCGCACUGAUCCAGACUUGGUUUCUCAUAAUAUUGAGAUGAUCUUAAACCGAAAAAGCUACAUGCAAGCUGUGAUCACAGUCAUACAGGAGAAUAUCUCAGAGUUGUUGUGCUUGAACCUGAGCAACAACAAGCUGUACAAGUUGGAUGACAUUGCAGAACUGGUGAACAAAGCCCCCAACCUGCAGUCACUGAAUCUGUCUCAUAAUGAGCUGAAGUCAGAGCGAGAGCUGGAUACGGUGAAGGGGUUCAGGCUGGUGGAGCUGUGGUUGGACAGGAACCCUCUGUGUGAUCACUUCAAAGAUCACACCUCAUACAUCAGUGCUGUUCGGGAGCGAUUUCCUAGGCUUCACAGACUGGACGGUCAUGUGCUUCCACUUCCAAUCUGCUUUGAGGUGGAAACACGCACAAACAUCCCUCUUUGCAAGGGCAGCUACUUUGUCUCGAAUGAAAUCCAGGGUCUCAUUCAGCGUUUUCUGCAGCAUUAUUACUGUGUAUAUGACUCUGGGGACAGACAGCCGCUGCUGGAGGCGUAUCACGAUGGUGCCUGCUUUUCUCUCAGUCUGCCACCCAUAAACAAUCCCUCCAGGUGCAGGUUGAAAGAUUAUCAUAAACACAGCCGCAAUAUCAAGAACAUCAAAGAUCCCUCCACUCGGUUCCGCUUGCUAAAACGCACUCGCCUAACUGUGGUCGCCUUCCUCAGUGAGCUCCCAAAGACCCAGCAUGACAUCAAUUCAGUCAAUGUUGAUGUCAACACAUGCACAAGGACUUUAUUAGUGUUCACAGUGAGUGGAGUGUUCAAAGAGGUUGAUGACAAAUCAAGAGAUUCUGUCAGGGCGUUCUCUAGAGUCUUCAUCACAGUUCCAGCUCGGAAUUCUGGCCUGUGUAUCGUGAACGACGAGCUCUUUGUGAGGAAUGCCACCGCUGAGGAGAUGCGCUGUGCAUUUGCAGCACCAGCUCCAACCCUCUCGAGUAGCCCAAUGCCCAUCCUCUCUGCAGCCCAGCAGGAAAUGCUCUCCGCCUUCUCUCAGAUGUCUGAAAUGAACCUGGCAUGGUCUCAAAAGUGUCUGCAGGAUAAUGCAUGGGAUUUCCAUCAAGCUGCUCAGAUUUUCACAGAACUGAAGGCUCAAGGAAAGAUCCCAGAAGCUGCUUUCAUAAAAUGAAAACGGAAAUGCCCAUGAAUACCUGUUUGUUUGUACAUAGUUUUAUUUGUUGUUUAACAGGCACUUCAUUUGUGAUGUCAAAGUGAAAUGAAACAAAAUCUUGUUUUAUAUUAAUUGUAUAAUUUUAUUUCAGGUUUUUUUUUUCUUAAAAAGGAUUAUACAUCAGGUUUGUACUUGCUAUGGCACUGUUUCUGUAUUAAUUUUAAAAAGCACUUUUCUGUUUUAAUUGUGAUGUCUAAAGUAUGUGCUGAGCUUUUGUUGGUGUUGAGCUAAAUGUGAUGUUUUCACAGAAAGUUUGUUUAUUCAGGCUUUUCUCAGCACAAUAAAAAAAAUCAAAUACCUUA